ACCUGACCCAUCUACCACCUCAAGCCCAAAGAAAACUAUUCGACGACACCGAGAAACCAACAACUAAUCUGAAGAGACUUUCACGACCCAGCUCGUCGUCAUCGAUUACACCGAAGUUUCUUCUUCUCACUCAUUUAAUUGUUACAAAUUAUGUUUUUUCUCUUCAGUCUUUCUCUCCCUGUAAUUUCUAUAUGUGAAAGUUGAUAUCAAAGAUUUCGAAUUUGAUCAAAUGGGUUCUGCUUCUGCUGCUGCAAAUACGGCGUCUUUGAUUACUGUCGUCCCUGUUUCUUCGACAAAGUUGGAUAUCCAUGACAAAUUUUCAUAUGGGUUUCAUCUCAGGCGUGGUGGGUCGAUCGCCAAAUUUACUGCCGCCAUCUCUCCCAACGGCUCUGUUUCUCCUUCUUCUUCACAUGGGGCUGGGUGCUCAGCUGGAGAUGCGGAUAAACAAAGAAGUAGUCUUGAAUCUCUGUUUUGUUAUGAUAAGUCUGUACCGGAAGAGAGAAUCGAGAAGCCUAUCGGGAUAUCUUUGCCUGAGAAAAUCAUUGGAAACAAUCCCCGAUGCUUUGACUGUGAAGCUAAAGGCGCAGUCCUUUGCACCACUUGUUCUGGUUCAGGCCUGUAUGUUGAUUCAGUACUGGAGAGCCAGGGUAUUCUUGUCACAUUCGCUGCCUCGGUUGUGGGGGAAGUGGCAAGAUUAUGUGUUCAGAAUGUGGUGGGCGCGGGCAUCUAGGAUGACCAAACCGGUUCGCUUAUCUUCCUUGAAUUUGCUGUAUGUGCAAGUAACUUGUAUUAUAGCCAUGAUGCUUUCUCGAAUUUUUUGUGGCUGAUUCCACGAUGAGUUUACGUUAAGUGUAACAGUAAUGCAUCUGAUUCAUUUACUCUUA